UUUUAUUCGUAGCAGCGCCCGUUCAGCUAACUGUAACACGUUUUUCCAGCAGAAUUGGUUAGUGACCGAAUUUAACGAAGUAUUGACUUCGAAUAGAUUUAUUCUUCAAAGCUGUUCGUUGAAGAACCAUUGCCUGGAGGAGGUUUUAAGUUACUAGUUCUGAGAACAGGUUGUAGAAGAGGUCCUGGAAUUAAUGUUUGUUAACAGAUCUUGGUACAAUGUCAAAUUCAACUUCUUUAAAUGACCAUCACAGAGACAUUCUUGAGUACUUGAAUGAGGAGAGAAAGAAACAGAGUUUAUGUGAUAUCAAGUUAGUUGCCAGUGGAACAGUUGUUCAUGCACAUAAAAGUGUUCUAGCAGCUGAAUGCGAAUACUUCAGAAUAUUGUUUCAUUGCCAGUUCUCGGACUCGAAUAAACAUGAAAUUGAUUUGACAGCAACUGUUGAUAAUGCUGACGAUCUUGAGAAAGUAAUCAACUUCAUCUAUACAUGUGAGAUUGAAAUUACUGAACAGAAUUUGCCUGAGCUUGUCAGGAUAGCUUCUUUCUUCCUGAUGAAAAAUUUGCUUAUCAAAAUUCGAGAUUAUAUGAUGAAGGAAAUAACCAGUGAUACAUGCCUGCAGUAUUACUUAUUGGCAACAGAAGGAGCAUUACCUGAAGUAGAAGGCAUGGCAUCUCUCAUGUUGAAAGCCAAGUUUCAUAAUUACCACAUUAAUAUGGACGAAACAUUAGCUAUAACACCUGAUGACUUGAAAGAUUUCCAUGAGAAGGGAUUUUUUAAUUUCUGUGAAAUUAAACAAUUUCUGGAUUUCAUAACUAAAUGGGUGGGAAGACAUCACACAGAGACACACAUUACAGUGGCAUGUCAUGUUAUUUCAGCUUUUGUCAAAAGCAAAAACAUCAGCCGAAAAUCUUCAGUCACGAAGAGACAGGUUACAAAAUCAUUUACAGUGAUGCUGUCAAACUUGAAAGAUGCUGGACUGACUCCUGCAGAUAACAUAAUGGUAGCUGAAUUCGUAGAAACUUUUAAGAAAGCCUUAGCUGAUGAAGCUAAAAGUGUCCCAAAGCGUAAAGGGAGAAGACGGAAGUCGAGAAAACCUGCUAACAAAAAACAAAAAGAAAUGGUCCUAGUUGCUCUGGGGAAAACCAAGGAGGAUGAUGAUGAUGAUGAAAAUAUUGAUGAUUCCGAUGACUGUGAAGAGUCUUAUCGACCAUACGUUGGCAAGCCGUUACAUGUCUGUAUCUACGUGCCUAGUUCACAGUGUUGGUUCAGUUAUUGCACAGUUCCUGUAGAAAGUAUUGCAUUUACCAGCGACUUUGUUGAAGAGAAGAUUGGUGAAUUUUUUAUGUUCAGAGAUUAUUUCGUCAGCUAUAGUUACGAUGACCAUUGUCUGCUUUUCCAUCACACCAAGAGAAAACCAGGCUCCACAGCAGUAAAAGACAUAAGGGUGAAUCUACACAAUUACUUCGGACCAGAAGACAGUUUUUCCACAGUUCAUAAUGACACAUUUUACGUGGUUAACAGAGUUUCAUGCAAGUUUGAUUUGAAUGCCAAGACUCAUUUAAUUGGAUUUCGCUUAGAUGAUGAGAUGAAUAUAGCGAAGUUGUUUGAAACGGAACCACUGCCAGGUUCUGUUGGACAUGACAAAGACCAUGACCCGGUUAGAGAUAUGGAAAUUAGAAUCAGUUCAAAGACAAAUGAAAUGCUGAUUAUUCAUUCAACUUUUGACACUGACCUAAGCCCUUCUUCUGCAAUUUACUUAGUUAAGCUUGGAGAAAUAAAUUGCACUGUGACAAUGCUGUUAAACACAAAAGAUGAGGAGAAAAUUUUGAGGGAAUGCCAUAUAGUUGAAAUGGAUGAUAGGUUCUUGGUUGUGAGGGAAGAUAACGAUAGAACACACGUGAUUUGCGAGUAUAUAUUCCUGUCGGAUGAGAUCAACUUUGACACUGAGUAUAUUCCAGGUGAAACACUGUAUGACAGCUACGGAACAUAUCUUUACCCAAGCAUCGUGCCUUUAAAUGGAACACAUCGCUUUUGGCAGUUUGAAGUAUAUCCACGGAAGUUGAGUAUUUUGAAGAGUGCAGAUUUCAACGAGAAGAAAAUUACUGUGACUGAGCAUGUGGCACCACCUUUGUCCAAAAUUUUAUCUUUCCAUGAAACAUGGCUACCUGUAUCCUUCUUAAAGAAACUAAAAAAAGUCCCCUGAUUGUAAAACAAUAGCAGUAAUUAGGUACAUGAACACACAGGAUAGACAUUCAUAUAUAUACUUGUGAGGUUGAGAUUGAAUACUGCUACAGGUUUAUUUGUCUGCUGACAGUUGUAGGUUUCAUAAGGUCUUAAUAGUGUAUAUAGGAUUGACUUUAUAUUUGAAGGAGCAUGUGUGUACAUUCAGAACAUAGCAGUUUUGUGUAUACUUUGAUGUGACACAUGUAACGUUCGAAACCAUGUACAGUUACCUGUAGGGAGCCGCUCAGUUGGUUGAUCAAGAAAUGGUACGGAAGACUACCUCAUUACUUGUAUGUGCAUGAAUUAAACUGGAAUUAACAGUUAUACCUGUAGUGUAUGGAAUGUAUCAAAUAAAUUGAUUGAAUCUGCAGGGAAUAUGUAAGGAUUUUAUAUAAAUAUUUCAAUACAAAACAGUAAGACAGCUGCAGUGUUCAUAAAAAGAAAAUUGUAUGAAUAUAUUUUGUUCAAAGUUUUGUGUUUGUUUUCAACUAUUUUUGCUUUGACGUAUUUGUUACGUUACUAUGAUAGGGUACAUAUGAAACGUAAACAGUUGUGCUCUUAACUAUAUAGUUAAAAAAAACAAAACCCAUAUAGUUUAAAGCUAGUUCUGCAUGAAGUGGUGGCGUAAUGUCCUUUAUCCAGAAAUCGUAGAAUAAAGCCUGGAUAAGGCGGUCGGAAAUGAAAUUCAUUUUAUGAAUAAAUGGCAACCUGCGAGUAAAUUUAUUACAAUGGCACUGUUACUAUCUUUCUAAAGUUAAAAUAUGAUAUUAAAACAUCUGACACGUUAAAUUAUUCAAAAUAAUGUCUGAAAAUUAGCUUGAAAUGUGCGGUUCACUUUUAUCAUGGUCAGAUAUCUCAAAAAUAAGCGCACCGACCUAUACAUUUUAUUAGCUCAUCUGAUUUUUUGAAAAAAAAUGAUGAGUUAUUGUCAUCACUUGAGCGGUUGUCAGCGUCGGCGUCGGCGUCUGCGUUGGCGUUGCCUGGUUAAGUUUUAUGUUUAGGUCAGCUUUUCUCCUAAACUAUCAAAGCUAUUGCUUUGAAACUUGGAAUACUUGUUCACCAUCAUAAGUUGACCCUGUAUAGCAAGAAACAUAACUCCAUCUUGCUUUUUACAAGAUUUAUGGCCCCUUUUGUACUUAGAAAAUAUCAGAUUUCUUGGUUAAGUUUUAUGUUUAGGUCAAUUUUUCUCCUAAACUAUCAAAGCUUUUGCUUUGAAACUUGGAAUACUUGUUCACCAUCAUAAGCAGACCCUGUACAUCAAGAAACAUAACUCCAUCUUGCUUUUUGCAAGAAUUAUUGCCCCUUUUGGACUUAGAAAAUCAGUUUUCUUGGUUAAGUUUUAUGUUUAGGUCAGCUUUUAUCCUAAACUAUCAAAGCUAUUCCUUUAAAACUUGCAACACUUGUUCACCAUCAUAAGCUGACCCUGUACAGCAAGAAACAUAACUCCAUCCUGCUUUUUGCAAGAUUUAUGGCCCUUUUGGACUUAGAAAAUAUCAGAUUUCUUGGUUAAGUUUUAUGUUUAGGUCAACUUUUUCUCUUAAACUAUCAAAGCUAUUGCUUUAAAACUUGCAACUCUUGUUCACAUCAUAAACUGACCCUGUACAGCAAGCAACAUAACUCCAUCCUGCUUUUUGCAAUAAUUAUUGCCCCUUUUGGACUUAGAAAAAUCAUUUUCUUGGUUGAAUAUUAUGUUUAAGUCAACUUUUCUCAUAAACUAUCAAAGCUAUUGCUUUAAAACUUGCAACAGUUUUUCACCAUCAUAAGUGGACACUGUACAUCAAGAAACAUAACUCUAUCCUGCUUUUUGCAAGAGUGAUGGCCCUUUUUAGACUUAGAAAAUCAUGGUUAGGACAAUAUUUCUAUUAUAAAAAAAAAAUCAGAUGAGCGUCAGCACCCGCAAGGCGGUGCUCUUCUUUCACCACAUUAUAGACCAUAUGUUUAUUUACUACUAUGAGAAGUUUCAUUAAAAUCGACAUUGUAGAAAAAUUUCUAUUUGAAAAAAUGUUAUGAAAGUUGUGAGUUUCCCUUAAACUUCCAUUAUGAAAAAUUGCGUGAGGUCCAAACUUUUAAGACAGUCUAGCAAAAAAUCAAGCACACGCCCUUGUCUUUUUUAUCUGCUAAGUUUUCUAAGUAUAUUCUGAAGUUUUGAAAAAUCAGGGUUUUAUCAAAUUCUACAUUGUAGAAAAAAUUUUGAUCCAAACAUGCAGAACUACCAUAAUAUGUACUUGAUUCUCAACUAUACCAAAAUAAGACAUGUUGUAGGUUACAUACGUGCUCUAACUAGAUUUAAUGUGUACCUGAUUGUAAGUCAUGCAAAAGUUUUUGAGUCACAAUCAACUAAAAGAUCCAUUAUACAUCUGUUCAAACUAGUCUUAUCUUCUUGAUUGUAUUCACAAUUGCAACAGCAGUAUUUGUGUCAUGUGGCAGCUGUAAAGAGUCUCCCUGUACUUGGACUCAGUAUUUCAAAGUGUUCAGGGUGAGCUAUUGUGACCAGUCAUUGUCCGUUGCCGUCCAGCGUCAGGCGUCCAUCAACAUUUGCUUUGUUAACACUCUAGAGGCCACAGUUUUGACCCAAUCUUUAUGAAAAUUGGUCAGAAUGUUUAUCUUGAUGAUCUUUAGGUCAAGUUCAAAUCUGGGUCAUGUGGGGUCAAAAACUAGGUCACCCAGUCAAAUAAAAAAAGCUUGUUAACCCUCUAGAGGCCACAUUUAUGAUCAUAUCUUCAUGAAACUUGGUCAGAUAGUUUAUUUUAGGUGAUUUUUAAGUCUUUAAUUGAAACUGGGUCAUGUGGGGUCAAAAACUAGGUCACUAGGCCAGAUCAAAUGAAAAUCUUGUUAACACUCUAGAGACCACAUUUUAAGUUUGAAACUCACGAGAAUUGAUCAGAAUGUUUUCUUGAUGACCUUUAGGUCAAGCUAGAAUCUGGGUCAUGUGGGUUCAAAAACUAGGUCACCCAAUUGAAAAUCAAACAAAACCUUGUGUAUGCAAUAGGGGCUGCAUUUUGCUCUGGAUCUUCAUGAAAUUUGAUCAGAAUAUUUGUCUUGAUGAAAUCUAGGUUAAGUUCAAACCUGACCACAAAGUGCUCGAGGUGAGCUAUUGUUACCGGUCAUUGUCCGUUGUCUGUCAUCAUGCGUCAUGCUACGUCUGUCCUCCAUCAACAUUUGCCUUGUUAACACUAGAGGCCACAGUCUUUAUGAAACUUAGUCAGAAUGUUCGUCUUGAUGGUCUCUAGCUCUAGGUCAAGUUUGAAACUUGGUCAUUUGGGUUCAAAAACUAGGUCAGUAGGCCAGAUCAAAGGAAAAUCUUGUUAACAAUCUAAAGUCCACAGUUUAAGUUUGAAACUCAUGAAAAUUGAUUAGAAUGUUUAUCUUGAUGAUCUCUAGGUCACUUUCGAAUCUGGGUCAUGUGGGGUCAAAAACUAGGUCACCCGGUCACCCGGUCAAAUAAAAAGAAAAGCUUGUGAACAAGCUAGAGGCUACAUUUAUGACCCUAUCUCCAUGAAACUUGGCCAGAAUAUUUAUCUUGAUGAUCUUAAGGCUAAUUCUGAAACUGGGUCAUGUUGGAUGAAAAACUAGGUCACUAGGCCAGAUCAAUUGAAAAUCGUGUUAACACUCUAGAGACCACAUUUUUAGUUUGAAACUUAAUCUAGGUCAAGUUAGAAUAUAUGUCAUCUGGGGUCAAAAAAUAGGUAACUCUGUGUCAAAUCAUAGAAAAACUUGGUGUUUGCAAUAGGGGCUGUUUUAGCUCAACUAUACGAAGUAUGGAGAGCUGUCCUACUCAACCCAGCGUCUGUGUCCUUGCGCGUCUGCACCUUGGUUAAAGUUUUGAUGCACUUUCUCUUUAUCUCUGUUAUUACUUGGUGGAUUUGUUUCAAACUUAAAGUAGUUAUUCAUCAUCAACACCCACAUCAUAUGGCACAAGAGCUUUAACUCUCACACUAAUAUUUCAUGAAUUAUCCCCCUUUUACUUAGAAUUUCAGUUUAAAGUUUUGGUGCACUUUCACUGUAUCUCAGUUAUUACCAAAUGGAAUUGAUUCAGACAUAAAAUAGUUGUUCCAUAUCAUCACCCACAUCAUAUGACACAAGGUACAUAACUCUUGCAUGUCCCCUUUUACUUAGAAUUUAAUGUUGAUUUUGAUGUAUUUUCACUAUAUCUCUGUUAUUACAGAGAGGAUUUGAUUCAAACAUAAAACAGUUGUUCCACAUCAUCACCCACAUCAUGUGACACAAGGACUUUAACUCUGGCACCAAUGUUUCAUGAAUUAUGCCCCCCUUUUACUUAGAAAUUAAGGUUAAAUUUGGUGCAUUUUCUAUAUAUCUCUGUUAUUACAGAGAGGAUUUAUAGUUGUUCAACAUCAUCACUCACAUCAUAUGACACAAGAACCAUAACUCUAGCACCAGUAUUUCAUGAAUUAUCUCCCUUUUUUCUCUUUCACACUAUCUCAGUUGUUACUAAAUGGAUUUAAUUCAAACUUAAAGUAAUUGUCCCACAUUAACACCUCAUCAUAUAACACAAGGUGCAUCACUGUUGCAUCAAUAUUUCACGUAUUGUGCCCCUUUUUGCUUAGAAUUACACUUAUUUAAUGUUUUGAUACACUUUAUCUUAAUCUCUCUUAUUACUUAAUACUUUUGACACAGACUCAAGUUAUUGUCUAAUAUCUUCAUCCACAUUGGAGUCAUUAAACAUUCCAGUGACAACUCCAGCUUCCUCAGAUGUGCCCAGUUUCACUAUCCAGCAUCGAAGUAGUCGAGCAUGCUGUCUCCUGUGACAGCUCUUGUUUUACAUCUGAUGUGCAUGAAACUUUGUUAUAUUGUUUGUACCUGUUGAAAUCUCGGAUGGGCUCUUAUAUGGGUGACGUGGGGUUAAAAACUAGGUCACUAGAUCAAAUUAAAGAAAAAGCUUGUUUACACUCUAGGGGCCACAUUUUUUAAUCAAUGUGCAUAAAACUUGGUCAGAAUGUUUGUUAUCACGAGAUCGUAGACGAUUAUGAAUCUGGGUCACGUGGGGUCAAAAACUAGGUCACUAGGUGAAAUAGAAUGAAAAGCUUGUUUUCACUCCAGAGGCUGCUUUUUGCUCCAAUCUUCAAUAAACUUUGUCAGAAUGCUUAUCUCCAUGAAAUCUUGGACGGGUUUGGGUCAUUUUGGCUCUAAAACUAGGUCACUAGGUCAAAUCAAAGAAAACGCUUGUUUACAUUCAAGAGGCCACAUUUUUGGUUCAAUCUUAAUGAAAAUUGGUCAGAAUAUGUGUCUUAAUAAAAUCUCCGAAAGUUUAAAAAUUGGGUCAUGUGGUAUCAAAAAUUAGGUCACAAGGCCAAAUCGAAGAAAAACCUUGUUUACACUCUACAGGCCACAUUUUUGCUCCAAUCUUCAUGAAACUAGGUCAGAAUGUUUAUCUUUUUGAAAACUCGGACGGAUUUGAAACUGGGUAAUUUAGUUUCAAAAACUGGGUCACUAUGUCAAACAUGUUUACACUGUUAUGGUGUGUUACUCAGGUAAGCGACCUAGGUUGUUUACUGAAUUUUUGUGGAAUUUGAUCAGAAUGUUUGUCUUGAUGAAAUCUAGGUCAAGUUCGAAUAUGGGUCAUCUUGGUUAAAAAAAUUGGUCACCCGGUCAAGUAAAAGAAAAACUAUGUGUGUAACAGGGGUUGCAUUUUUCACUGGAUAUUUGUGAAAUUUGGUCAGGGUGAUCUUGAUGACAUCUAGGUCAAGUUUGAAUAUAGAUCAUGUGGGGUCAAAACCUAGGUCAAAUAAAAAAAUCUUGGUGUGUGCAAUAGGGGCUGCACUUUUCAUCUGAAAUGCAUGAAACUUGGUCAGAAUAAUUGUCUCCAUAAAACCUUGGAUGAAUUCUUAUCUGGGUCACUUGAGGUCAAAAACUAGGUCACAAGGUCAAAUCAAAUAAAAAGCUUGUUUACACUCCAUGGGCCAAAUGUUUUAUUCAGUUUUCAUAAACCUUGGUCAGAAUGUUAUUAUGAGGUCUUGGAUGAAUUUAAAUCUGGGUCACGUGGGGUCAAAAACUAAUUCACUAGAUCAACCUUUACUGUGUUGGUGCUCCGUAAAACCCAAAUAAAUAAAUAGAUCAAAUCAAAGGAAAGCUUGUUUACACUCUAGAGACCACUGUUUUGCUCCAAUCUUCAGGAAACUUUGUCAGAAUGUUGUGUCCAUGAAAUCUUGGACGAGUUCUAAGCUGAGUCAUGUUUGGUCAAAAACUUGGUCACUUGGUCAAAUCAAAGAAAAUGCUUGUUUACACUCAAGAGUCCACAUUUAUGGUCCAAUCUUAAUGAAAAUUGGUCCGAAUAUUUGUCUCCAUGAAAUCUCAGAUGAGUUAAAAAUUGGAUCGGGUAAUCUUCAUGAAACUUGGUCAGAAUGUUUAUCUCCUUGAAAACUCUGACGAGUUUGAAACUGGGACAUGCCGUGUUAAAAACUGGGUCACUAGGUCAAACUUGUUUACACUGUUAUGGUGUGUUACUCAGGUGACUGACCUAGGGCCAUUUUGGCCCUCUUGUUAUAUUUUCUGGCCCUGUGGGAUCAUGGAGUCCAUUCAGUGUAUAUGUAAAGCCGGUGCUAGUGGGUUUGAAGGGUGUUGCACUUUCCAGUAUCUCUCAUGAACAAACACAAUCAAACCAUUAUUUUGCUUGGUUUCAUUCUAUGCUGAUUUUAUGAACAAUGUUUAAAAGCGGUCCAUAUCCUGCAGUUAUUAUCUAUGAAAUUGAAGUAUCUUAAUUCAUUGUCACUAUAACCCAAUUAAUGCAUCUUGGUAGUAUUACACCCUUCUGUAAAUAUGCCACCAAUUUCCAUCAUUUUCCAUUAUUUUUCAUGGCAUUCAGUGGCAUCUGAUGGAAAAUAUGAUGGACAAUACUGGCAUUUGAUAGAAAAUUGUUGCCUUUUCCUUACAUUGCCACUGUUUGCCACCAAAUGACAACACAAGUUCCACCAAAUGCCACAGAACUGUAGUGGAAAUCAGUGGAAAAUUGAACUUUGCCAUUUUUAUGAGUGUAAAUCAGUGGAAAACACUUAGAAUUUUUCUCUCAUUCUGAGACUGGAAAUUUCUGUGCUGAAAUCAUUUGUGUAGUGAUAAAGCUGAAACAGUAGAUUUAAGUAAAGACUUGUCACAUUGAGUUCCUCUUGCAAAACAUAAUAAUUUAAUCAUAAUCAUAAUUUUUGCUUAUAAUUAUAAUGAAGGUGAACUAUUGUUUGAGUCACUCUUAAGCAUGUAGUUUAUUGUUUAAAUUUGCUGUUUCUACUGUGUAACAAGCCUCAAUUGAAAUAAACAUCAAACUUAUA